AUGAAGUUGUCAAUCAUCACCUCUGUUGCUGCCCUCGCAGCUUCCACCUCGGCCCUGGGCAUCAACUGCCGUGGCUCCGGCCUCUGCCCAUCGGACGGCGCGGCCGGAAACCUCAUCAACCUCAAGGCCAUCGUGGACGGCAUCCAGCCUCGUGAUCGCAGAUACAACACUGGCCAGCAGAUUGCUUGCACCGGCUCCAUCUGCGCCUUCUAUCAAAAUGGCGCCACCGGCACGGCUGCGCAGACGUCGGGCUUUCUCCAGGCCUUGCUUGACCACGGGUGCAAGAAGUGCGGCUCUGUGCCGACGCAGCCUGGGAAUGAUGUGAAGAAUGGAGAGCUCACUGUUAAUGUUGUUGGAGAUCCUCACUGCCAGGGCGCCUGCUAG